AGAAAAUACUUUUCCAACUGUAUAAUCCAAAAACAAAGAAAUGGCCAAGAACUCCGACGUAGGAAAAGAAUUUUUCCACAUUCUACCUGGCAUGUUUUUCAUGCAUGAACCAUUAAGUGGUGUCCACUUUCUCCAAGAAUGUGCUUAUACAUUAGUUUUCUAACACGCAAUUCCUAGACAAAUUCAUCGAAAGAAACAAUACGCUGAGAUUCCACAGUAAUGUGUUGUAAACCUUGGAAACCAAAAUCCCACAAAGAAAUGGCCUCCAUUCCACUACCAACGGUGGAUAUGUUGUCUACUUGGGACCUAAUGUCUGAUGCAUGCACGCCACCUGUUCGAGCAUUUGCUAACAAAGAAUUAAAUUAUGAACAGUUGUGGUAUUCUGGUGCCCACUUUCAGUACGAUGGUGGUUUUAAUUUCCCAAGGUUCAAGCAGCCAUCCACUCAACCGAACAGGAAAUGCGCUUUCAGCCCACAAUUGAUUAGGGGGUUGCAAGAAAAUGGGUAGAAAUAAGAGGAAUGCUUGUGCAAGGAUGAAGAAAAUCAAGGAAUGUGAUGAGCAUGAUCAGAAUCAGGAUCACUCAGCUCAACGGUCUGAUGAUAAAAAUGCUUGUGAGGAAGGGGUUUCGGAGAAGGCCAUCACUGAUCAGCAGAGUUUGGAAGAAAAAUCUGCUAUUGAUAAUUUCUAUGAAAAGCUUAUCAAGUUGAAUGAGUCCUCAGGGCUCAGUUUAGUCUUUAACUUCCGGGAAGCAAAAAUGGACUUGCAUCUUGUUUUCAAGGAAGUGACCGAGAGAGGGGGAUCUUAUCAGGUAUCAAAAGAUGGGAAAUGGAAUGAAGUUGCAUCCGCAUUGAGUGUCAAAAAUCAUGCCCCCAUCUUACCAAGUCAAAUUCAAAAGGUUUAUGAAAAUCUCCUUUGCCAAUAUGAGCAAAUACACUACUACAGGACUCCUGCAAAAGUGUCCAAACUGACAGGUGGUGAUAGUUAUGAUUCCUUGCUGGGGAAGCGAAAAUCCUGUGAAUGCUGCUCUCAAGAUUAUGAAGCAGGAAAAAGGAAAUGCAUUCUUGAUAUUUAUCAAGGAUCAUCAGUUCGAGCAGGGCCUGGAACACCAGAGCAGAAAACCACCUUCCAGACAUCUUUGGAUGAGGAAACAGUGAUGAGAGAUCUUUGUGCUCCACAAAAAGCAAGAAAUUCAUAUCAGCUGUUUCUUAAGAUGGAAUGUCAGAGAUUAAGGAAGAUACACGGGGAUGCCUCUGGUAGCCGUAGCAUAAGAGAUAUGGCAAUUGACGCAUGGAGGCACCUUUCUGAAGAUGAUCGGCUGCCAUAUAUUGAAGCAAGUAGGAAGGACAGAGAAAGAUUUUACAGGGAGAUGGCAGUUUACAUGCAAUAUAUUGACAAAAAGGUUCUGAAAUCUGAGAAUACGCUCAAGGAUUCAGCUUCAUCCCUAAUCAACUUUGGCCAGUCUUCACUAAUAACUGAUGAUUAUUAUGUGACUUUGGAGGCUGAUGCUGAAAACUUUUAUCUUCCUGACGAGUCAUUGGUUGAAUCAACCAUUCAAAUGUUGAAGACUCGACGACCCAGUGACCCCGUGUUUCAGAUGACUUGGGACGGGUUCCGUAGCCCUCCAGAUACACCCAGUUGAAAGGCUCACAGGAACCCAUAAAGGGCAGUUGCUUGGUAAUUUUGGCACGGAAGGUGCUUGGGUUAGGUUUUGUUAUAGGUGUCUUCAACUCUCAUUGUGGAUAUAAGAGAGUGGUCUAUGCGCUUGGGUCCGUGUUCUUAAUAUGACAUAUCAGUGGUUUAUGUUAUCCUCAACUUGUUUGUAACCUAGUAUUGGUGCCUUGACUCCCCAUUUUUGUCUGCAAAGUAUGGUGUCUGUCUAUAUGCAUAGACUGUACAGCACCGUACAUGUAUAACUGGGGAGUGACUGAGUGCCAUUUCGGUGCUGUAGUGUUCUGUAGUUUGUACAUAUACUGCUAGCUGUGGCCUUCCACUUGAUGUAUAGUAAGCACAAUCUUUUCUAA